CGAAACCUCCAUCCCCAGUGUUGUCAGUGUGGCCAAGAUGGCUGGCGCGGAGGACGAGCCCAUGCACCUCUACGAAGUGUUUCAGAAUUGUUUUAAUAAGAUCGCCAACAAGCACACAGAUAAGGCCGUGUACUCCCCGGGGUAUGCUGCCGAUAACGGGAUGGGGGUGAGCGGCGGGUACGUGGGCGCUGGGGCCGUGGGAGGCACUGCGGGGGGUGCCGACGGGGCCACCUUCGCCCCGGACUCCCCGUACUUCCCCUUCACCAGCCCCUCGCGCCGGCCGCUCCCACACAACGCCGCAGGGACGAAGAGGAAAAAAGACGGGCUCGACGGACCGGAGAUAGACAGCGGACCUCCACAACAAUGGGUAAGUGUUGCUCCCGCCUUUGUCCCGCUGCCACGCGUCCUCACUCUGUCGCAAUGAACUCUCCCUCUCGUGGCUCCUGUUUU